AUGGCGCCAUUUGAAGCGUUAUACAGUCGGAAGUGCAAAACACCUCUAUGUUGGUACGAAAUAGGGGAGAAUUUUACUUUGGGACCUGAGGUGGUUCAGCUAACUACGGAGAAAGAUAAAAUGAUCCAAGAGAAAAUGAGAACGGUACAAAGUAGACAGAAAAGUUACUAUAAUAGAAGAAGGAAGCCAUUAGAAUUUCAAGAAGGCGACCAUGUGUUUCUAAAAGUUACACCUACCACAGGAGUUGGAAGAGCUAUGAAAUCUCGAAAGCUCACAUCUAAAUUUAUUGGUCCCUAUCAGAUUCUGAAAAAGAUUGGCCUUGUAGCUUACCAAGUUGCCUUAUCCCCAUUUCUUUCUAAUCUCCAAAACGUUUUUCAUGUCUCACAACUGAGAAAAUAUAUCCCUGAUCCAUCCUAUGUCAUUGAACUUGAUACGAUACCACUGAAGGACAAUCUUACUUAUGAAACAUCGUCCGUACCUAUUAUGGAUCAACGAGUAAAACAUCUACGGGAAAAAGACAUUUUGCUUAUAAAAGUGGUAUGGAGUGAAACCGAUGAUGAAGAUGCUACGUGGGAGCUAGAGAGCAAAAAAAGGGAUUCUCACCCCUACCUUUUUUCUUAA